AUGGCACUUAUAAAUGAUAUGGUGAAUAUUAAUGAGAGUAACAUCAUACCCCACACAUGUGGAGAUUUAAAUCACAUAUGCAAUUUUUGUCAAGCAAAACAUUUUGAAGCAGAAAGACCAUCUGAUCAAAAAUUUACACAGUGUUGCUCAAAAGGAAAAGUAAAUCUUCAACCACUUCGAACAAAUCCUUUCAUACAACAGCUCAUGACGGGUCAGCAUCAUUACAGCAAAAAUUUCAUGGAAAAUAUAAGGUCAAUAAAUAGUGCUCUGGCAUUUGCAUCUAUGGGAGCUAACAUUACUCCGCCUCCUGGCUAUGGGCCAUGCUGUUUCCGAAUCCACGGUUCGAUUUGUCACAGAGCAGGAACACUGCAUCCUCAACAGGACCAAAACAGACAGUUUGCACAAUUAUACAUUUUAGAUCCCUCUGAAGCUGCAGAGCAAGGAAUGCAAAUUUCUGCCAACUCAGGAAUAAAUACAGAGCUUAUGCAUACAUUAAGUACAUUUAUGGCGCAAUUCAAUCCUUUUGCAGAGGCCUGCAAAAUGUUGUACCAAGUUGAAAAAGAAUAUGAAGAGGAUGCCGCCAAAACCGGCAAUGUUAUUAAGGAAGUGUCCAUGACAAUAGUACAAGAUCGCAAAAAUGACCAAAGGCACUAUAACGCACCUAAAUAUAAUGAGGUUGCUUUUAUUUUUCAAAAUGAUGAUGGAGAACCACCACUUGAAAGAGAUCUUCUUAUACACUGCAGACCAACUGAAGAUAAUACAAACCAAAGAACAACACAAAGAAUUAGUGUCCUUGAUCCUAAUUUGGAACCCAUGGUUAACCCAUUGUUAUUCCCCUCUGGGGAUCAAAGCUGGGGAAUUGACAUACCUUUGCAAAAGAGCCCACAAGCUUUAUUAACUUUAGGAAACCAGUCACGCAAUCCUAGAGUUAGAGUCACUCAAAUGCAAUACUACGGUUACCGUCUUUUCAUCAGAGAGGAUUUUAACCCCUUCUUAAAUGCUGGCCGCCUUACACAGCAAACGUAUAUAGUUGAUGCAUAUGUAAAAACAGAAGCCAACAGACUCAAUUAUAUACGCCAAAAUCAGCCUAAAUUGCGCAUUGGAAAAUACUCAGGAUUAAUGGACCAUUUACUUAAUGAAGCCAAUGAAGCAGGCCUGAGUCCUGGAAAAAUGUAUAUUUUGCCUUCUUCAUUUGCAGGUAGCCCCAGAAACAUGCUACAAAAUUAUCAAGAUGCUAUGGCAAUUGUCAGAAAAUAUGGAAAACCUGAUCUUUUUAUUACAAUGACAUGCAAUCCCAAAUGGGAAGAGAUUGUACAACAUAGUCAAACUGUUGAUGGACAACCACAUUUGGUUGCAAGAGUAUUUCACCUAAAACUGAAAGCUCUAAUCGAUGAUAUCUAUAAAACACAUAUUUUUGGAGUCCUAAAAGCAAUGGUCUACGUGAUAGAAUUUCAAAAGAGAGAAAGCUGUAAACCAAAAAAUGAAGAACGGAUAGAUAAAAUUGUCUCUGCUGAAAUCCCUAAUAUAGAAAUCACUCCUCGCUUACAUGCAAUUGUAACAAAACAUAUGAUUCAUGGACCAUGUGGAGCACUCAAUCCUAAUUCUUCAUGUAUGACAAAUGACAAAUGCUCUAAGGAUUUCCCAAAGGAAUUCCAAAUAAAAACUAUUGCUAACAGCAAUGGCUAUCCAAAGUACAAGAGAAGAAAUACAGGCCAAAGUAUAAUUCUUAACGGAAUGAAAAUUGAUAACAGUUGGGUUGUACCAUAUAAUCCUUACCUAGCCUUGAAGUACAAUUGCCACAUUAAUGAUGAAACUUGUGCAUCAGUGAAAAGCGUCAAAUACCUUUUUAAAUAUGUAUACCAAGGUCAUGAUUGUGCUAACGUUGUCAUUCAAGAACAAGGUACUUUGAAUCACGAUGAAAUUAAGACCUUUAUUAAUUCAAGGUAUGUCAGCGCUCCAGAGGCAGCAUGGCGUUUGAAUAGGUUUGAAAUGCAUUAUCAAUCACAUACCAUCCACAGAUUACCAGUGCAUCUGCCUGAAGAACAAUUAGUGUUUUUCAACCCAAAUGACAUUACCACAACGGUACAGAGAGCUUCAAACCGUGAUACUCAGUUGACAGCUUGGUUCAAAUUAAAUCAACAAAAUGACGAAGCAAAGAACAUAUUAUAUUCUGACAUUCCUUUGUACUAUGUGUUUGACUCUGAAAAUUGUAGUUGGAAAUUACAUCAACGUGGUGCAGAAAAAGUUAUUGGACGAAUGUAUUCUGUCAAUUUUACAUCAGAUACAGAGCUCUACUGUCUGCGUCUAGUAUUGCUGCAUGUUCCGGGUGCAGUAUCCUUUGAAGAUCUGAGGACAGUACAUGGAAAUGUCUAUCCCACUUUCCGAGAGGGCGCAAAAGCUAAAGGACUUAUUAACAAUGAUCAAGUGUGGGAAAACACUAUGGAAGAUGCUGUCCAAUUCACAAUGCCUAAACAAGUUAGGGAAUUAUUUGCAUAUAUCUGCGUUUUUGCAUCAUUAUAUGAAUGA